AUGCUUCAACAUUAUUCAUUGCUCCAUGAUCUAGUUAUCCGCGAAGAAAAUCAUGAAUUUUGUUAUCAAAGUAAAUUUUAUGAUUGGAAACGUGAAUUAGAAAAAGAUACUUGCCACCGUGAUGGAAAUUACAAACCCCGUGGAAGCAAUAAACGUCACUUAAAAUUAAUGGGCAGUAAUAAAAUUGGUAGUCACUGCCCAGCUAGAAUGGAUGUGUCACUUUAUCCAUUAGGCCAAGUGAGAGCUAUCUUUUGUAGCACACAUGUGGGUCAUCAGCAGGAGAUGGACCGGUUGAGGCUUUCGAAAUUUGAAAGAGAGGAAAUAGCAAAGAAAAUUGCUAUGAAAAUUCCUUUUGAUCACAUUCUUGACUCCCUUAGAUAUCCAAUUCAAGAUAGUGGUUUGCAGCGUCAUAACUUGCUGUCAAGAAAAGAUAUCCACAAUGUAGCACAAAGUUACAACCUAAAGUCUGAGGCUAUAAGACAUAAAAACGAUUGUACUAUUGUGGAAUCGUGGGUGAGGGAGAUGCAGGAGACAGGAUCUGUUGUCCAGUACUGCAAACCAUAA